GACGCUUUGGACUGUAUCCCCUUCUCACAAGGUUGAAAACAGAGCCCUCGUCUUUUGCCUCUACCCUCCCUCAGACUGCCUCCUUCCCCUAUUCCUUCCUUCCUUCCUUCAAAAGCUCCCCACAUCUUUACUUCCUCUUUACUAUUUCAUUUAUAUUCUCCUCAUUUCUCUCAAAAGGAGAGCCCCCUUGCCCCUUGAACCACUACCCCCAUUAACUUUCGAGAGCCACUGACGCCUUGCUUAACGCCUUCUUUGGUGUCCCUUUUCCUAUUUCGCGCUCCCUCUCCCUCCCUCCCCCCCUCUCCCUCUCUCACUCGUUGCGUCGCCACUUCAACACCCAAUGGUCCAAUAUCAUCGGUACCUUUCACUGAAGAAGGAUGAGGAUUUCCCUCAACAUGUCUUCUUUCAGUCGCAGAGCCUCAAUUUGGAUUUCUCUACCUCUGCCUACUGCAAGAGAACCAGGCCCAACCCCUUGCCUUUCUUGUUUCUCGCUCUUCUCUGCUUCUGCUUCGUGCUAGCUACUCUUUUCUUUGGCUCUUCUUUCACUUUCUCUCUCCUUUAUUCCCCUGUAACCCAACUUGAUAGCUCCAUCAUGGGGUUUGAUGCAAAUGCUUCUUCGUGCUCUUCAGUUUCAAAUGGAGGAACUAUAUGUUGUGAUAGAAGCGGUUAUCGUUCUGAUAUCUGUAUAAUGAAAGGAGAUAUAAGAACACGCUCUUCUUCCUCUUCGGUGUUCCUUUUCCACUCGGGAAGGAAGACUUUUGAAGGCGACAAAGGUGACGUUCGUGAAUUCCAGCACGAAAAGAUCAGGCCCUAUACUCGAAAAUGGGAAACAAGCAUCAUGAAUCUCAUCAAUGAAUUACACCUAAUAUCAAAGGCAGCAGAUUCGGGAACAGAUCAUCGUUGUGACGUUCAGCAUGAUGUUCCGGCAGUGUUCUUCUCCAACGGGGGUUAUACAGGCAAUGUCUAUCAUGAAUUCAACGAUGGAAUCAUACCUCUGUACAUUACUUCCCAGCAUUUGCAGAAAAAGGUCGUGUUUGUGAUUCUUGAAUACCAUAAUUGGUGGAUGUUGAAGUACAAAGAUAUUCUCUCUCAACUCUCAGAUUUUCCGGCCAUCGAUUUCAACAAAGACAACCGGACCCACUGCUUCCCAGAAGCCAUUGUCGGUCUGAGAAUCCACGACGAGUUGACUGUAAACCCUGCAUUCAUGGAGGGUAACAAGAGCGUUGUCGAUUUUCGAAACCUUCUGGAUCGCGCCUACUGGCCUCGAAUCAAAAGCUUGAUUCAGGACGAGGAAAGGGAAGCUGAAGCCCCAAUGAGGGAAAGAGUGCAAGAAAAUCAGUGGAACAAACCCAGAUUGGUUGUCAUCUCAAGAAGUGGGUCAAGAGCAAUAACGAAUGAGGAUUUGAUGGUGAAAAUGGCGGAGGAAACUGGGUUUGAGGUGAAAGUAGUGAAUCCUGAUAAAACAACCGAACUGGCAAAGAUUUACAAGGCAAUGAAUGAGAGUGAUGUAAUGGUCGGUGUUCAUGGAGCCGCAAUGACUCAUUUUCUGUUCUUGAGACCUGGCUCUGUGUUUAUUCAAGUGGUCCCUCUGGGCACCACAUGGGCAUCAGAAACUUAUUAUGGGGAACCUGCGAGAAAAUUAGGAUUGAAGUACGUAGGGUAUGAAAUUCAUCCCAAAGAGAGCUCUCUGUAUCACAGGUACCAUGAGAAUGAUCCUGUUCUCAGAGACCCCAGAGGCAUUACCAAGAGAGGGUGGGAAUUCACGAAGAAGAUCUAUCUAGACCACCAGAACGUCACGUUAGAUCUCACGAGAUUCCAGAAAACGCUGCAGCGCGCUUAUGAUUACACUGUCUCAAGAUUAAAUCUGCAGAUUCAACAGUAAAGUAUAGUAUUUACCGUUCACGUUAUUUCCAAGUCUUGCAUUCUCGUGCAUUGCGAGCCACGGAAUUCUCUCUAGUCUUUUGUAAAUGUGUACACUGUGAAAAAUCAGGUAUCUUUUGUGGAAAGUUAAACAGUUCAUAAUAAAUACUAUACCAAUAGGAUUUGGAAUUUGGAACUGCAUCUCUAUAUUUUCUUUUUCUUUCAGCGGUGAGAAAAAGCUUGUAUAACUCUGAACUCAUCAAAUUCAAUGCAUCCGUCAUCAGUUGGGGUAUAUGUGCCUGUCGAGUACGACCCAGUGCCAGAAUUUCAAAGGCAGGUCAUUUGACUAGCCAAUAGCAUUUGGUUUCCUGGAAGAGACAAAUUGUUUGACUGUGUUUUCGUUUUACCGGAAUCAAAGGGCACCCAAAAAUAGUGUUAAAGUUACGCUUAAAAAUCUGACUCAUGUUGAAGGCAAGUGAGAUUAAAGCAGUGACUCAGG